AUAUACCAUUUUCCCACCUCUGUUUGGUGUCUGGAAAGACUUUUAGAAAUUAAAACUCAAGUUAAAAAGUGAGUGACGGGCUUCCCUGGUGGCUCAGUGGUUGAGAGUCCGCCUGCCGAUGCAGGGGACACGGGUUCGUGCCCCGGUCCGGGAAGAUCCCACAUGCCGCGGAGCGGUUAGGCCCGUGAGCCAUGGCCGCUGAGCCUGCGCAUCUGGAGCCUGUGCUCCGCAACAGGAGAGGCCACAACAGUGAGAGGCCCGUGUACCGCAAAAAAAAGAAAAGAAAAGAAAUCACAAAGCCACAACAGACAUAAAAAUGAUACAGACAACAAGUGCUACGGUCAUUCAAAGAAGGCAUAGAAUUGAUACAACAAGGAUCUCCUCUAUGGCACAGGGAACUGUACUCAAUAUUUUGUAAUAACUUAUAAGGGAAAAGAAUCUGAAAACGGAAUCACUGUGCUGUACACCUGAAACGGACACGACAUUGUAAAUCAACUAUAUUUCAAUUAAAAACCAAACAGACAGACAACAGCAACAACAAAAAACCAAAGAGGUCAUAGAAGUUCUUAUGAGAUUCCAGAAGAGAAGAGAAGAGAAGCCAAAUGAGGACGGGAGAGGAGGCUUUUGAAUUAGUUCAGACGAGAAGUCACAGAGGAACUAGUCUUUGAUCUGAACUUGAGAUUAAGAUUAAGAUGAAUUAAUCUGAAUUAAUUAAGCUUGCAACACAGGGAUAUUACAGAUGAAGGUAAUCACAUAAACUUACUAUACUGAAACUUGCAGAGGUUAUGAGUGUUGUUCAAGAUCCCAAAGCAAGUGCAUUGUGGAAUCAGAAUUUUAAGUGAGGCCUAAUGAACUAAAAACAAAGAAACACAGAAACAAGCCCUUCCUGUGACACCACGUUGCCUUUGAAGUCGUUUUUUUUGGUGGGUUGGCAGAAACUGGUUCCAGUGUUUCUUGCAGGAAUGACUGACCAUAGGACUGGGCGUCGUAGCUUCCUGCCAGGCGGCCGAAGGUCGCAGGCAGGUGGGUCACUGGGACACACGCGAAGGGGCUCCUGCCCGGCCGCCUGGCCGCUCAGUGCCCCUGCCCCAGAGCGGGGGUGCGGGCCUCAAAGCAGCCUUGUCUGAGUCCCCUGCCACUAGAGAGAGUGUUGGCCCAACACUUGUAGAAAACGGGGACCUUGCUGGCAGUUCAGUGCAGGGACACAAAUAAAUCUUUGCCAACUUUCUGCUGAAGCUCACGAGGGUUCACUCCUAAGCCUCUUACAAGGUCAGCUGCCGAGGCUGCGAGAGAUGAGUCAGGGCUCGCCCUCCACCACGGGGAGAUCGCUGGUUAAAGCGCUCACGAGGGAGUGAACCGCGUGUCCGCACCGACACGCAUGGGUAAACCUCGCCGAUGCCUUCUGUCCGGGGUAUGAAGCCCUCUCCUGCCUCUUCCAGGCUCUCUAGAAAGCAUGUGCAGAGCCUCCCACCCCACCCUUGGACUCCACGGGCCACAGCUGGAGGGACCAGCCAAGGAACCAUGGCAGGAAGAGGCCAGAGGUCAGUGGGCCUUGGCCGGAGCCCGUCAGUCGGUCCCCAUUCACACAGCGCCAGACGAUCCUCUUGACCUGGGCAGUAGCCACCAACCGACCGCUGAGCCACGCAAUGCGGUGAAGCCCUGACGCUUGCUGCCACGUCGAUACACCCUGAGAACACGAUGCUCAGCGAGAGAAGUCAUACACAGAAGGACACACAGGGCGUGACCCCACUGAGGAGAAACGUCCAGAGCAGGCAACUCUUGAGUACAUGUAUUUAACAUGCAGGGAACCAGCCCUGACUCCUUGAUCUGGGUCUUCCAGCCUCUAGAGCCUCGAGGACAUCCAUUUCCAUUAUUUACGCGUCUGGGGUUUGAUGAUGGAAGCUGACACCGAGGGCGUCACCACGUGCGGGGUGAUGUCAGUGAAAGAAUCCCAUGGCGAGGGCCUGCCUGAGGACCACGCACGCCCGGGCCCUCCCUGCCUCCUGCCUGCAGCCCUGUGCCUGGGAGUGGAGCUGGUGCAUCGCGUGCCCGACGUCGUGGAAGUUGGUCUCCCGCUCAUCAUGCUGCAGCAGAGAGGGCAGGUUGGGCGUAGGCUUGGUGAAGUUGGCCACCAUGGCCGUGAUGGCGAUCUGGCAGCUCCCAUCGUGCUGUAGGCAGCCCGGCUGCAGGCCGAAGCAGACCUCGUGCCCGGACUUCCCCACCCUGCGGAGGGACGUGGAUGGGGCCCCGCUUCCACAGAGGAGCCCCGGCCCACGGCCGACAGGUUCCGCCACGCAUGCACCGAGGAUAGAGGUCAAAGGUCAGCCCCAGCAGCUCCUGGGAGAUGCCCAGCAACCCGCGUGUGAGCGCCUGCAUGGGGAAAGACUCAUUGAGCAGCACGGAGUCGGCAUGCGUGUGGAACCCCAGCAGGCGGGACUUCAGGGCCUGCAGCCUCACCAGCUCCCUGAGGAUCACGCAGUUCUCCUGGAACCCAGAGACGGAAGGCGCUGGGGACCGAGGGCCACGCCCUCCCCGCGGGCCCCGGGCCAGGUCUCUGCAGGUCCUUUUGGAACCAGAAACGGCAUGAACGUGAUGGGCUCUAAGGCCAAGGGCAGGAAGAAAUGCGGCCAGUCUUUCCAGGAGCCACCAAGGGGCCUCCCCGGGCUCAACAAGACAAACACGGCUGCCAUGCAGACAGUAGCUCAACCCCACGGCGCCCGAACACCCAGCCCCUGGACGGUGAGACACCUGUUGCUGCAGGUGGCCCGUGGCUCACUGAUGAGGCCCGGCCCCAGGCAUACGCCACCUUCUCUGGGGCCACCUCUCUGGUCUGCAGUGGGGUUCUCCUGGGAGCCCCCAGUCACCACAGGACCAGCGUGGCCUGUCUGUAGCCCAAGAAGGUGGGGACACAAGACUGUCCCCCGUGCCCCCCGCAUCACCCGCGAGGCCAAGCGAGCACCAGUGGUGUCUGCAGGGAAGAUGAAGGGCUCACGCACAGCCCCCAUCCACAGAAGCACAGACUGCAGCCACAUGCGCUAUGGAACAAACACAAGUGUCCAUGCAGGACCCGAUGUCUGAACGUCAAGGCCAUGCCCGGGCCACAGUGAGAAGGUGCAUCCCCCAUGCAAGCCACAGAGAGGGGAUGGGGGGGCCAUCUGCGAUUCUGAGCUCAUCGGGUAUCACCCCAGAGGGAGAGGGAGAGGGAGAGAGGUAGACAGAAGUACAGAGGGAGAGAAAGAGAGAGGGAGGGAGAGACGGCUCUCCCUUCCCUGGGGGUUCUCUAGUGCAGCCAAGGCUGAAAACCACUGCAUUUUGGGAGAUGGGUCCUCGUGGAAGAGUUAAAUAGUAGCUCAUGGCAUUAUCGACACAUACUAAAAAGGCCCCAAAUCUUGGGGAGUCAGGAAGGGGAGUGUCGGCUGCCUCGUAAACGAGGAGAGAUUGGGCAUCAGGGGAGGUGCCUGUGCAGCCUGCGCCCAGGGCCCCGCAGACUUCAUCUCCCAGCGGUGGUCCUGGGCUGGGACUUCUCUCCCAGCGGGGAGGUCAGGCUGUCCAAGCAUCAACGUUGACUUCAGGGCUGAUCUAAAAGGCGCCUGGUGUUUGUUGAAGCAGAAAAAAGAGAAAGCAGUAGGGAGAGGAUGGGAGUGGGAGGGGGAGGGAGCCCCCCUCCUCAGCACUUCUACCGCUCUCCCUCUCUCUUUCCCUUUCUCCCUCUCUCCCUCUACCUCGCUGCCUCUCACUCUCCCUCUCCCUCCAUCUCUCUCCCUGCCUCUCUCCCUCCCUCCAUCUCUCCCCCUGCCUCUCUCCCUCCCUCUCUUCCUGUCCCUCCUUCCCUGUCCCUCUCUCUCUCUCUCUCCCUCUUUCCCUCCCCCUCUCCCUCUCUCCCUUUCCCUCUCCCUCUCCCCCUCUCCCUCUCUCCCUUCCUCUCUCCCUGUCCCUGUUUCCCUGUUCCGCACGC